AUGUCUUUUCGUGGAAGAGGAGGUGGAGGAGGAAGAGGAGGUGGCUUCAAUCGUGGAGGAGGUGGCGGUGACAGAGGUGGCUUUAAUCGUGGUGGACGAGGUGGCUUUGGACGGGGAGGUGGAAGAGGAGGCUUCAACAGAGGUGGCUAUGACCAGGGACCUCCAGAAAGGGUAGUUUUGUUGGGAGAGUUCAUGCAUCCCUGUGAAGAUGACAUUGUUUGUAAAUGUAAAACAGAAGAAAACAAGGUGCCUUACUUCAAUGCCCCAGUGUACUUGGAUAACAAGGAACAGAUUGGCAAAGUGGAUGAAAUCUUUGGACAGCUGAGAGAUUUUUAUUUUUCAGUGAAACUGUCUGAGAACAUGAAAGCCUCUUCAUUUAAAAAAAUGCAAAAGUUUUACAUUGAUCCAGCAAAGCUACUGCCACUUCAGAGAUUUUUGCCAAGGCCACCUGGAGAAAAAGGUGCUCCCAGAGGAGGUGGUAGAGGAGGACGUGGUGGUGGACGUGGUGGAGGAAGAGGUGGUGGUAGAGGAGGAUUCGGAGGAGGAAGAGGUGGAGGAAGAGGAGGAUUCAGAGGAGGCAGAGGUGGAGGAGGAGGAUUCAGAGGAGGAAGAGGUGGUGGAGGAGGCUUUCGGG